AUGAUCAUGCACGCAUUUAGGAUAAGGAAUGUCGUCGUAGUGGCUGAUAUGACAGGAUGCAACCUAUUCAAAGCCGUGACACCGGCGGAAAACAAUUGUUCAUCGGAGGAUGCGACAGCAGAAGAGUCGGCCGCAUUGGCGUUGUCAUCAAUACCGCUUUGGAACUUCGGCCAUGAGCAUCGAUUCAGCCCAAAAACGAACACCCUAAUAGGACAUUUACGGCUAAAGAUACUUGGAUCAACACCGGCUUUGACAAUCUUUCUCGUCUACGGGCCGACAUCAACCACUGACGAACACGAAAUUGAAGCGUUCUACGUGGAGAUGAGGAUGCUCUGCAAAGAUCAUACAUUCUUUAAGGUAUUGAUGAUUUCGACGCAAUUGUCCAAGAGAACGUCUGAGGAACUAGAAUAG